UUUUUUUUUUUCUAUUUUUCUUUUUACUUUUCGCAAAUAAUAUUUCAAUAUUCACCAUGCCUGCUGAUGAAUUUGAGAUUUGGAUCGAGGGAGCCAUUUCUAACACACAUAUUAAACACUUCGAUUAUAAACAUUUUCGAAAUAUUGAAGAAAUCGGUAAAGGUGGAUUUGGCAAGAUAUAUCGUGCGAAUUGGAAAAAUUCGGAACAACAUUUAGCAUUAAAAUUGCUUUCAAAUCUAGAUGCUGUUGUUGCUAGGGAACUUGUUCAUGAGUUAAAACUUCAUCGUGAUGUUGAUUUUCAUGACAAUGUAAUCCGUUUUUGUGGUGUUACGAUAGAUGAUGACACGAACAAAUAUAUGUUAGUGAUGGAAUACGCCGAUGGUGGCACUCUCAAAGAUUAUUUGACAGAAAAUUUUUAUAAUCUUUCUUGGAAAGUUAAAUAUAAUUUAUCUUUUCAAUUGGCUAGCGCUAUCUUAUGUUUACAUGAUGAAGGCAUCGUACAUUGCGAUUUACAUUGUGGUAAUGUAUUAAUCCGUCAAGAUACGCUUAAAUUGGCAGAUUUUGGACUCUCAAAAAGAAUUGAUGAUGCGUCAAAUUCUUCAGAAAAGUUAUUUGGCAUAAUUCCUUUUAUUGAUCCAGAAAAAUUCGGAGGUUGUAGUCAAAAUUAUAAACUAAAUGAGAAAAGUGAUGUCUAUAGUGCUGGUGUAUUGUUAUGGGUGAUAUCGAGUGGCCAAUAUCCAUUUAAUAAUAGAAAAUAUGAUAUUAAUUUGGCUAUAGAAAUUUCAAAAGGGUUAAGGGAAACCCCCAUUACACAAACACCUGAUGAAUUUUUAAAAAUUUAUACCAAGUGUUGGGAUGGUAAGCCAACAGAACGUCCAACAAUGCAACAAGUAGUUGCUAAAUUAAAAGCAAUCAUCACAAAAACAAAUGGGACAAAUGGGACAAAUGGGAUAACAGAAUAUUCUCAAGUGGAAGAUUCAAGCAGCAAUGUUAUUGCAAAUUCUGUUACUUCCGCUGCUACUUCAAGUAUUAAUAAUUCCUUACAUGGAGAAUUAUCUGGAAUAAUAGAAAAUUUUGGUAACAUGGAAUUAGAAUCCAAUAAUAAUUCUAGCGUUUCAUCAAACAUAUCAACCAUUGAAAAAGUUGUUAAGAUAUUGUCAACGGUUAAUGACGCUGAUGGUGUAAUAAAUAUAACUGUACCGUUUCCACCUCAAAUAACUGCCGAAGAGAUUUUAGAUCGAAAUAAAAAAAAAGAAAGAAAAAAAGUUCCAAACAAAUUCAUGAUCUACCGUAUGGCGUAUGCUAAGGAAUUAAAGACACAAAAUAUAAGCAAUAUUAAUUCAUUUAAUAUAUCUGUUCUCGCAGCUUCAAGAUGGAGCAGUGAACCUGAUGAAGUUAAACAAGCAUAUAAGGAUAUAUCUAAUAGAGUUCGUCAAUUAGAAAUUAUUCGAAAUUCUAUUGAUAGUAAUACUGUUAAUACGUAAAUUAAAAAAAAAAAUAUUUUAAUGAGAUAAUUUUUUAUAUGAUCAAGUUAAUAAAUAUUGGAUUAUACUAUAUUGUACUUGUUAUUGUUGGUUUAUAUUUUAUAUAUAACGUAACGUAAAAUAAAUUUAUUACCGGAUGAAUCUGUGGAUUGAUCGGAUAUACUGAUAAUUGUAAUAAAAAAGCGAAAAAAGCGAAUAAAAAAAAAUUUUAAUUUCUUUUCUAAUAAAAAAAGAAAAAAAUUUUUA